AUGCCGGGCUUCGACUUCUCCAACUACAACCGCAAUGCGGCUCUGCACGCCAGAGGUGCUCCUUUGCCCCAGGCUACCAGUACGGGUACAACUAUUGUCGGAUGCAUAUAUGACAAAGGCGUUGUGAUCGCCGCAGAUACCCGUGCUACGAGCGGACCUAUCGUCGCCGAUAAGAACUGCGAAAAGCUUCACUAUAUCGCGCCUCAGAUCUGGUGUGCCGGAGCCGGUACGGCCGCAGACACCGAGUUCACCACGUCUCUGAUCAGCUCCAAUGUCGAGCUGCACUCGCUGUCGACCGGACGACCCCCUCGCGUGGCCACUUGCAUGACUAUGCUGAAGCAGCACCUCUUCAGAUACCAAGGACACAUUGGAGCAUACCUGGUAGUUGCGGGCGUCGACCCAACCGGCACACAUUUAUUCACCGUGCACGCGCACGGUUCGACAGACAAGCUGCCGUACGUGACCAUGGGUUCUGGAUCUCUGGCUGCCAUGUCCGUCUUUGAAUCGAUGUGGAAGCCCAACCUGGACCGCGAGGGUGCCAUUGCCCUCUGCUCCGAGGCCAUUCUUGCCGGUAUCUUCAACGAUCUGGGUUCCGGUAGCAAUGUCGACGUCUGCGUCAUCGAAAAGGAUCAGCCGUCGCAGCUGCUCCGCAACUACAUGAAGCCCAACGACCGUGGCCAGAAGGCGCGCGACUACAAGUUCCCUCGUGGCACUACCAACUGGCUCAAGGAGAAGGUCAUCACAAAGGAGGACAUUGGCAAAUACGUUACGGUGGAAGAACUCAACACUGUUGAGGAUGUGGUUGUGGUUGAGCAGAUGGAAGUCGACUCAUAG